CAUAUUCUGAUUCUUCACUAAAUUCUUCUGGGUUUUGAUUCUCUGCCAUUUCCAUUGAUUAACAACUCCCAAAGCUUUUCUCCAUUUCCACCUUCCUUCGAUCUUUCUCAUCUGCAUACUUCCGAUCAUCUUCUUCUUCUUGAAAUCCUUGCUUAAUUCCGCCGGAAAAGUGUCUCUCCGCUCCUUUCUGCUUGUUUUCUUUCCCAUUUCUUCACAAUGUUGCCGUUUUCCCUCUUCAUUUUCAUCUACUUCGCUACUCUUUUGCCCUCUCCAUUUGCCAUUGCUCAGCUCACUACCUGCUCCGGGAUAGUCCCCAUGAAUUACCGGAACGACAAGAUUUCCAUUACCGACUUUGGGGGAAUCGGUGAUGGCCGCACGUUGAACACUAAAGCAUUUCGAGCUGCGAUUUAUCGGAUUCAGCAUUUGAAGAGAAGAGGAGGUACCUUACUUUACAUUCCUCCAGGAGUUUACUUGACUGAGAGCUUUAAUCUCACUAGCCAUAUGACCCUCUACCUCGCUAAAGAUGCUGUUAUCAAAGCUGUUCAGGGUUCUUCAAAUUGGCCAGUAGUAGCUCCGUUGCCGUCUUAUGGAAGAGGGAGGGAGCGUCCUGGAGGAAGAUAUGUAAGCUUUAUUCAUGGAGAUGGUGUUCAUGAUGUGGUGAUCACUGGUGAGAACGGGACUAUCGAUGGCCAAGGUGAUGCCUGGUGGAACAUGUGGAGGACAGGAACUCUGAAGUUCACUAGGCCGAAUCUUGUUGAGUUUAUCAAUUCUUAUGAUAUCAUUAUUUCCAACGUUAGGUUCCUGAAUUCUCCGUUUUGGAACAUUCAUCCUGUUUACUGCAGUAACGUUGUUGUCAGAUACGUCACGAUAUUGGCUCCUCGUGAUUCCCCGAACACCGAUGGAAUUGAUCCAGAUUCAAGCAAUAACGUUUGCAUAGAAGAUUCGUACAUUUCAACUGGAGAUGAUCUUGUGGCUGUGAAGAGUGGAUGGGAUGAAUAUGGUAUCGCUUAUGGUCGUAGUAGUUACGAUAUUACCAUCCGAAGAGUUUCGGGGUCCAGCCCAUUUGCCGGAGUUGCAGUAGGAAGUGAAACCUCCGGCGGAGUGGCGAAUGUAUUGGCCGAGCACCUGAACUUUUACGACAUGGGAAUUGGUAUCAACAUCAAGACGAACAUCGGUAGGGGAGGGUUCAUAAAGAACAUAACUGUGUCGAACGUCUACAUGGAGAGAUCAAGAAAGGGUCUAAAGAUUGCUGGCGAUACCGGAGAUCAUCCAGACGACAAGUUCGACCCAAAUGCUCUUCCGAUUGUCAAAGAUAUCACGAUUAAAAACGUUUGGGGUGUGAACGUACAGCAAGCAGGUUCCAUAUAUGGCUUGCGGAACUCUCCAUUCACCGGUAUAUGUCUUUCGAACAUCCACCUUCGUGGUGCGAUGAGGCCGAGAUCAGUACCAUGGACUUGCUCGUAUGUAAGUGGUGCAGCUCUCUUGGUUAGUCCAUGGCCAUGCUCGGAGCUCACCAGCACACAGCAGGAUGGCUCGUGCUCUGCUAACUUGUAAAUACAUAUACUAUUAGUUCCUUAAACGUGUGAAGAUUAAGUGUGUAUGAUAUGAAUCAUAAUGAUGUUCAAUUUCCUAGUCCACCAUUUAAUAGGUGUUGCUUUG